AUGGUGAUCAUGACCGAAUGUUCAAGCCUUCAGUUUGUCAGUCCUUUCGCCUUCGAGGCAAUGCAAAAGGUGGAUGUUGUGCGCCUGGCAUCGUUAAGUGAUCCCGAAUUAAGACUUCUGCUGCCGUGUUUGGUGCGGAUGGCCCUCUGUGCCCCAGCUGACCAGAGCCAAAGCUGGGCCCAGGAUAAGAAACUUAUUCUCCGACUCCUUUCUGGCGUGGAAGCAGUUAACUCCAUUGUUGCAUUACUGUCCGUGGAUUUUCAUGCAUUAGAGCAAGAUGCUAACAAAGAGCAACAGCUUAGGCAUAAACUUGGAGGAGGCAGUGGAGAGAGCAUCCUGGUGUCACAGCUUCAGCAUGGACUGACAUUGGAAUUUGAACACAGUGAUUCACCUCGUCGAUUGCGUCUUGUGCUUAGUGAACUCCUAGCAAUUAUGAACAAGGUGUCUGAGUCAAAUGGAGAAUUUUUUCUCAAAUCUUCUGAGCUGUUUGAGAGUCCAGUCUACUUAGAAGAAGCAGCAGAUGUUCUCUGCAUUUUACAAGCAGAGCUUCCUUCACUGCUUCCUAUAGUUGAUGUGGCUGAAGCCUUGUUGCAUGUUCGAAAUGGAGCCUGGUUCCUGUGCCUCUUAGUGGCCAAUGUUCCUGAUAGUUUUAAUGAAGUUUGUAGAGGCUUGAUUAAGAAUGGUGAACGACAAGACGAGGAAAGCUUCGGAGGACGUCGCAGGACGGAUGCACUUCGCUACCUGUGUAAAAUGAAUCCUUCACAAGCCCUCAAAGUGCGCGGCAUGGUGGUGGAGGAAUGUCACCUGCCCGGUCUUGGAGUGGCUUUGACAUUGGAUCACACUAAGAAUGAGGUUUCUGAUGAUGGAGUAAGCGACCUGGUUUGUUUUGUGAGCGGCUUGCUUCUCGGAACAAACGCAAAAGUUCGGACUUGGUUUGGAACAUUCAUCCGAAAUGGACAACAAAGAAAAAGAGAAACGAGCAGUUCCGUCCUCUGGCAAAUGAGAAGGCAGCUUCUCCUGGAGUUGAUGGGAAUUCUGCCCACAGUACGAAGCACUCGCAUUGUGGAAGUGGAAGACGCAGAUGUAGACAUGGAGCCCACUGUGUCUGUGUAUUCAGGGCUGAAAGAAGAGCACGUUGUGAAAGCCAGUGCGUUAUUACGUCUCUACUGUGCUUUGAUGGGGAUCGCUGGACUCAAACCUACUGAUGAAGAAGCUGAACAGUUGCUACAGUUAAUGACAAGUCGUCCUCCUGCCACGCCAGCUGGAGUUCGCUUCGUUUCUCUUUCCUUCUGUAUGCUGCUGGCCUUUUCUACACUUGUCAGUACACCUGAGCAGGAGCAGCUCAUGGUUAUGUGGCUAAGUUGGAUGAUAAAAGAAGAAGCCUAUUUUGAAAGUACUUCUGGAGUUUCUGCCUCCUUUGGAGAGAUGCUAUUAUUGGUAGCUAUGUAUUUCCAUAGCAACCAGCUUAGUGCCAUAAUUGAUUUAGUCUGUUCAACUUUGGGAAUGAAGAUUGUAAUUAAACCAAGCUCCCUGAGUAGGAUGAAGACCAUUUUUACACAGGAGAUUUUUACUGAACAGGUUGUCACAGCCCAUGCGGUUCGAGUUCCUGUAACAAGCAACUUGAGUGCCAACAUCAUUGGAUUUUUGCCCAUUCACUGUAUUUACCAGCUUCUCAGAAGCCGAUCCUUCACCAAGCACAAAGUAUCCAUAAAGGAUUGGAUUUAUAGGCAGCUGUGUGAAACUUCCACUCCACUUCAUCCUCAGUUACUUCCUCUUAUUGAUGUCUACAUAAAUUCUGUGCUUACUCCUGCAUCUAAAUCUAACCCAGAAGCCACAAAUCAACCAGUCACAGAGCAGGAAAUAUUGAAUGUUUUUCAAGGACUCACUGGAGGAGACAGCACUCGCCUUAAUCAACGAUACAGUAUCACAGCCCAACUUUUGGUACUUUACUAUGUUCUGUCUUACGAAGAAGCUCUCCUGGCUAACACAAAGACUCUCGCUGCCAUGCAGAGAAAACCCAAAUCGUACUCUUCGUCUCUGAUGGACCAGAUUCCAAUCAAAUUCCUUAUAAGACAAGCCCAAGGACUGCAGCAGGAGUUGGGAGGGUUGCAUUCUGCUUUGUUGCGUCUCCUUGCAACUAACUACCCACACUUAUGUAUUGUGGAUGACUGGAUCUGUGAAGAGGAAAUCACAGGGACAGAUGCUCUGUUACGGCGGAUGCUUCUGACCAACACUACUAAAAACCACUCGCCUAAACAGCUACAAGAAGCAUUUUCAGGGCUCCAAGUCAACCAUACAGAAGUGAUGCAGAUUCUAGAACAUUUGACAUUACUCUCUGCCAGUGAGUUGAUACCUUAUUCAGAGGUAUUAACAGCAAACAUGAACCAGUUGCUGAAUUCAGGGGUUCCCCGGAGAAUUCUCCAGACCAUUAAUAAACUUUGGAUGGUUCUUAAUACUGUGAUGCCCAGAAGGCUUUGGGUGAUGACAGUUAAUGCACUGCAGCCUUCAGUGAAAUUAUUACGUCAGCAGAAAUACACCCAGAAUGACCUUAUGAUCGAUCCUCUCAUUGUCCUAAGGUGUGAUUCAAGGGUUCACAGGUGCCCCCCUCUGAUGGACAUCACUCUGCACAUGCUAAAUGGCUAUCUUCUUGCGUCAAAAGCCUACCUUAGUUCCCACCUGAAGGAAACGGCAGAACAGGAUAUUCGUCCGUCUCAGAAUAAUACAGGUGGUUUAGCGGGGCAGGCUGAUGCCCCAGAAGUUACCAGAGAAGAACUGAAAAAUGCCCUGCUGGCUGCUCAGGAUAGUGCAGCGGUCCAGAUUCUAUUAGAAAUUUGCCUACCUACUGAAGAAGAGAAAGCUAAGGGUAUCAAUCCAGACAGCCUGCUAAAGACUAUUCAAAGUGCUGUUGCUAGUAAUCCUCAGAAUAAGGGGAUAGUGGAAGGAGAGGACAGUCUGCUCUGUAAUCUUCGAGAAGUUCAGUGCCUCAUCUGUUGCCUACUGCACCAGAUGUACAUUGCUGAUCCCAACAUUGCUAAACUUGUUCAUUUUCAGGGUUACCCAAGUGAACUUUUGCCAUUGACAGUGGCAGGCAUUCCGUCCAUGCAUAUCUGUCUCGAUUUCAUCCCCGAACUUAUUGCUCAGCCUGAACUUGAAAAACAGAUAUUUGCUAUCCAGUUGCUCUCUUACUUAUGUAUCCAGUACGCAUUACCUAAAUCACUCAGUGUGGCUCGCUUAGCUAUCAACGUCAUGGGAACGUUGUUAACAGUUUUAACUCAGACUAAGCGGUAUGCCUUUUUCAUGCCAACUCUGCCAAGUUUGGUGUCCUUCUGCCAAGCAUUUCCUCCUCUGUAUGAAGACAUUAUGUCCCUGUUGAUACAGAUCGGGCAGAUCUGUGCCUCUGAUGUGGCCACUCAGACGAGAGACAUCGAUCCCAUUAUUACACGUCUUCAGCAAUUAAAGGAGAAGCCAAGUGGAUGGUCUGGACUUUGUAAAGAUUCAGCAUAUAAAAAUGGAACUCAAGAUAUAGGCAGCAUGGACCCUGAUGUGCAGCUCUGCCAGUGUAUUGAAAGUACAAUAAUUGAAAUAAUUAACAUGAGUUUUAGUGGAGUUUAAGAAAAGGGAUGAAAGCGAAGCGGUCUACAGCGUGUAUCUAACAUGAACAUGCACACCGCAAUAAUUGUUCGAUUGGAUGGGAACAGUCAAACCCUGGAAUUUCUAAAGACUCAUCACAAAACUGUUAAACCCACGUCUGCAGGGAAUCAUGCUUACAGAAUCCCGCCUACUUCGGAAUGAAAGUUUAUGUGGUUCUAACUCGCUGGUGUAUUUGUCUAGUGGCCGUCGUUAAUUGAGCUCAUUUUUAUUGAGAGUUUGUCUCAAAACCUGCAGAGCAGAAGUGAGCGCAGCUUCGUUAUUUUAUUUUGAGGUAAAAGAGAGUAGACUACUGUCCCCUUCUUUCAGUACUACUUAAAAACCCAUCAUUUCAGCAGCACUGUGUUUUAGCUUUCAGCUUUGGAUAAGGUACUACGGUGAUGACAAAGAGAAUGAGGAGUCAAGGGAAAGAGAAGACGUUCGGGGGAAUCAGGGGUUUAAUAUUUUUUUUAAAGAGCAGCAGUAAUCCAAACGUGUUUAUUUUACAAGUGAAUAAAAAGGUGAGAUUUAAUUUAUUAACGGUAUGGAGAAGAUUCAAAAGGAUAAAUGUUUUAUUGAUUGUGGUUUCAAAUGAAGAUUUUAAAGAUUCCAAGAAUUUGUGUAGACUACUAUUAAUGUCUGAACCCAAAUGUCUGAGAUGAAAUAAUCUGGAAUCCUAUCUUAUUGGUUUAUUAAAGUCAACAGGAACAGCUCUUUGCAAAGCAGAAUGUGAAAGAAUCAUGCAGUUUUUUAAAAGUUUAUUUUUAUAAGAUUGAAUUACUAAAAUUUAUAAUAUAUCUAAGCAAUAGAGCAAUAAAACCCCCUUGAAUAAAAAGAUGUCGAUUUUUUUUUUUUAGGGUAAUGAUAUACACCUUACUUUGACUAGGCCAGAGUAUGUCCAUGAUAGUCUCAGGAAAGUUGCUGGUGGAAAUUGAGCCUUGCUGUGUGAUUGCCCUCCCUUGGUAAGUGGCUGAAAAUUUGCAUUCAGAAUAAGCCCUUACUCCUCAUCUUCAUUUAUAAUUCAGAGAAAGAAUAUUAUUUUCUCUGGUGUCUUGGUAUUGCUGGGUAUCAUACUUUGCCCCAUGGAACCGAACUUUUUGCAAUCAUCAGAGAAAGAAUGUUAAGCAACCCAUAAUUACCUUUAGCCUAGUGAAAUACAUUUAAAUGUAGAGUUGGGCUCACUAUAGAAGAGGAAAAUCAAUAAAUUUAAUUCUAGCUCUAACACUGUUGAACAGUUACCUAGCCUCUCUGUCUCAUUUUUCCUUUUUAAAUGAGACGGUGGCCCUACCUCAUAGGGACUUUUUAGGAAUAGUUUGUAGUAUUUUAAAAGCCUAUGAAAUGCAAAGUAGCUUACUCGCAAAUAUUUACAACUUUAGGUUACAUUUUAAAAAAUAGUUCUUCUGGGGGGUAUUUAAGUUUUUUAAAUUGCCAAUCCCGGAUUAUUCAUAUUUCGUAUUCAGCCAGUCAAUGUAGAACUACUGCUGCUAUUUGGUUUUUUUAAACUAUGGCCUUCAGAUCGUUUGUUUCUGUGUGAAAAUUGCCCCUGCCCAGUAUUUGUUUCAUUCUUCUCAGUGCGUUUCAGAAACAAAAGGUAACGCAUUACUAAAAUAACUCCCGAGUAGACAUUUCAGGAUCAUUUCAAUAGUCGAUUAGACCCGGCCUUGCAAUAUUAAUUGCAGGUGCAGUUUUUCAUUAGAUUGGUGAUGUCAGAUAUUUAAAUACAUUAGUAAAUCUUAUUCUUUUUUUUUUUAGUUUAAGGUAACACUUGACUCGAUGUAUUGGUUUUUUCUUUUGAAUUUAACCAAAAAACAGAUGUAUGGAACUAUUUUGAAUAUUGAUUCAUAAAGAUUCAUGUUUUCGG